CACUCGCGGUGCGGUGGCGGACCUGUGUGUGUGCCAGUGUGCGUGUGUGAGUGAGUGUGCCGCGAGCUCCUACCCGUUCCACUCGUAGCCACCCGAGUCUCGUGCGAUAUUCCUUUCGUUUUAUUUCAUGAGUAGCACCCUAGUUUAGAAUGUUGAUCAAGGAAUUCCGUGUCACACUCCCACUUACCGUGGAGGAGUACCAAGUUGCUCAACUGUACUCCGUUGCAGAAGCUAGCAAAAAUGAAACGGGAGGAGGAGAGGGAAUUGAAGUCAUCAAAAAUGAACCGUUUGAUAAUUACCCUCUUCUCGGAGGCAAAUACUCAAAAGGGCAGUAUACCUAUAAGAUUUACCACUUAGCAAGUAAAGUACCCGCAUUCAUCAGAAUUCUAGCUCCAAAAGGCUCUCUAGAAAUCCAUGAAGAGGCCUGGAAUGCCUACCCCUACUGUAAAACUGUUAUCACGAAUCCUCAUUAUAUGAAGGAAAAGUUUAUGCUGGUUGUGGAGACACUCCAUGUUCCCGAUUCCGGCAAAUCCAACAAUGUUCAUGAGCUGCCUCCUGAGAAGCUGAAACAGAGGGAAGUCAUUCCAAUAGAUAUUGCCAAUGACCCAAUUGCUGCAGCAGACUACAAAAGCUCUGAAGACCCUAAAAUAUUUAAAUCAGAGAAAACUGGUCGAGGUCCUCUCACAGACGAAAAAUGGACGGAUAAGGUUAAUCCAGUUAUGACUUGUUACAAGCUAGUGACAGUUGAGUUCAAGUGGUUUGGCCUCCAGAACCGGAUAGAAAACUUCAUUCAGAAGGCAGAGCGAAGACUUUUUACAACAUUUCAUAGACAACUGUUCUGCUGGAUGGACCGCUGGCAUGGCUUGACAAUGGCAGAUAUUCGAGCUAUUGAAGAGAAAACCAAGGAAGAGUUAGACAAGCAACGGAAUGUCGGUUCAGUUCGUGGAAUGAAAGCAGAUUCAGAUUAAGAAGAUGCUCCUAUUAAAUUCCAAUGUUCCCAUUCACUUCAUCACAUUUUUAACAACAAUGUGCUGUUUUGUGUUUGGUGAUCUUAAUGAAAAUAGUUCAUAAUUUUUUUUCCAAACUUGGAACUUUUAAAGGAUUUUUGUUGAAGACUAAAUGCAAUCAAAUAUUGCUUUAGUUAUCAUGGUUAUUCUUAGUCUCAAUUGGAGUGAAUUAUUUGCUGGGCUCGUAACUUACCUGUAACGGUACAUGGCUAUGGUUGUAUUGCAAAGUUUGUCAAGUACCUGAGAGAUUGACAGGUCUGGUCAUUCCUCUCCCGAGAGAAAAAUACUGCUUGUUAUUCUGUCCUUUUAAUGAUAUUUUCUAUAUUGCUAUUGAGUGCAAUUGUAUUGUAUGCAGCUUCUGUUGAAACAUUUUGUUUACCCUAUGAUUUUUACUAAAUCAGUCCUGAUGUAUUGCAGGCAGUGUAAUCUUGUAAACAUUUUGUCUUCAAUGUUUUUUAAAAAUGAUUUCCCUCAUAGGGAAAUUGCAAUAUUUAAUUAAUUCAAAUAUUUUAUGUCAUAGUUUGUCUAAGAGCUGUUCGAAUGAAUUUUACUAAUACUUUCCUAUUGUCAUGAUGACAUCAAUGGAAGCCAUAUGCCUUUGAAUUAUUUUUUUCUUGGCUUCUAGGUAUUGAGCAGAUGAGAGAAGUGUGAAAGAUGUGUGGUGUGGUUUUGCCAGCUGCUAUUGAAAUGCUGCUGGGGCCUAUCAGUGUACAAAUUAGCAUCAAAUUAGUGUGGUGGGUAAAGGUUUUCAGGGUCAGCUCGUUUCCUAUCUCAGAAACAAUGAAUAUUGUUCUGAAGCUCAAAUAAAGUGCAGCUUGCUGCCCUUGUUUGCAGUUUAUGCACAUGUAAACUUCAGUCAUUUUUUUCUCAGGAGUGCAAAUGAAGAAUUUGUGGUGUGUGGCAUUACUGUGCUGUAGGAUAAAAUAAAUGCCAAAGAAAGUGUAGUUAUUCGUUCCUAAAGGGAAACUGAGACCCCUGUAGACCUUUUCCUAUAAGUCAUUUACCUCAUUUUAUAAAGUGAAAUUAUUCCUUGUUAAAAUUACAUCAGAACUCAUGGGUCAUAGUAAUUGGGUGUAGAUCUAAGCCUAUUGAAAUUUGGAUUUGUAAUCCUUUUGUUAUCUCAACUAUUUGAUUUUGUUGCAGGCAACAAUGUUCAGCCUUUCUUCAAAAUGGCAUUAAACAAUAACAAUGAUGCUAAA